ACCUCGUCAGGUUGACACAACUCGACGCAGCAGUCACUCAGUCCUCGUGGGCCAACGGCUGCACGGGUGCUCCACUGAUUAUUUUUUUUUCGAAAUGUAAACAUAUUUCCAGACAAUAUGCGGGGACCUACAUUGGCCCUGGAGGGUCAAACUACAGGAAACACUUUUCUCUUCGGUUUGGUUGAAUUUUGCGUCCAUUCAGUCACCACCUGUUUCUCUCAUGACGCAAACAAACUCUGCGUCCCCAUCGGUCUCUGCUUUCUGUCUGCGCUGUUUUUACUGCUGUCAUGCUUUCUGCUCGUGUAUCAGAGGUGCACAUUGCGGAGAGAAAAUCCGGGAGAAGCCUCCACUUUCCUCUACAGCCUCCUCGGUAACAUGUGCAGCACAGUUGGAGCCAUUCUGUCUAGUCAGCUGCAUAUUCAGGUUUUGAUGGGGGCUUUUGCUGCCACUAUGGAUGCUGUCAGUUUUGUGUCUUGCUGCUGCCAUGUGCUCCUGUGCUGGAACUCAAAGGCAGAAAAGAGAUUUAGGAUGAAAAGGGGGCGGAGGAGACAGCACCUCCUUGCAGUGUGUGUACUCAUGGUGGUUGCAGGGGGUUUUCUUAAGUCCAGGGUGGCUCACCACCCCCCAGACAGGCCUCUCAGUGAGCGGAGACUGCUGCACACCACCCUCCAAGGCAACACUGAAAUCCUGGGUUACAUACUCGGCCUGCUGUCGUUUGUCAUCACCUGCACCUCCAGGUUCCCAACACUCUGCAGAGCAUGCAGAGGACAUAUGUUGACCCGGGCCUACAUGAUCUCUGGACUGCUGUGCUCGCUGUCUGGUGCCCUCUAUGCUGCUGCCAUACUCCUCUACGACACUCAGUUUGAGUUUCUUUUGAGAGUCUUGCCGUGGCUGCUGUCAGCGAUAUGCUGUGCCACCCUGGACCUUCUUAUUCUUGUCAUCCGUUGGUGCAAGAGAGGAAGCAGACGACAGCUUACCAGAUUUUCUCCAGACUCAGAGAGCCUUUUAGGUGGCUCAGGCAUCCUGGAUGGCACUGAGGAUAAUGAUGUCAUGAAGAGACAGAGAAAACAGCAGGUUAAAUCAAGUUCAGCGCAAACAAAAAUAAAAAAUGUCCAGAUGAUGACAGAGAUGGGCCGUUAUAUGGACAUCAGUGUUCAACCUGCAAGGAAAAUGUGCCUUAAGGAGGUGAUGUCCAAGGAGGACAUGGCGGACCUGCCCCUCAACAAGACAAUGCGAGUGAUCCGAGUCAACAGUUUCUGCUCCUCAGAUAUGUCCGAUGACUCUUCAGUGGUCAGCUCUGAUCUAGAGUGGGAUUUUGCAGAGGCAAAUGCAAGUUGGAGAGACCCAACAGCAAAACAACAGGAGGGGGAUGAGCUUCCACCUCAAGAGUGGCCAACAAACCCCAAACCCAUUAACAUCUGCACCUGUGCCAUAAUCAGACUUCCAGAUAAAACUCUGUCAAGUACCAAAGAGGCUGAGAGCCUCUCCUCUGCAAGCUUGGCAAAAUGACAAAGAAAUACCAUUAUCAAUUAGUAAUUUAUUACACGUCUGGUGUAUUAUUUU